AUACUUUCCUGGUUCCUGCCUGCCGGCCACGUGACAUUCAACUAUGGCUUCUCAGUCGUAGUGAUGGAGGCGAUCAGUGACAACAAAACAAUACUGUAACUUCAUUCAUUUAGUUGUCCACGAACACACGUCGGAUUUACGAUGCAGAAGAUCAAAUCUCUUAUGGCCCGGCAGGGCCUGAAAAGCCCCCAGGAGAGUAUGGCAGACCUGAGUCCUGUGGAGAAUCUGAGGAUCCCAAGCAAGGAGGAGUUGCGGGAGCUGAGGGAGCAGCCCAUUGACCCCUUGGCGGAGCAGGAGAUCAUCAACAGCAUCGAGGAGGUCUACUUCUCUAACGACUCCUUCGACAUGGUGCAGCAUGAGCUGGAGAAGCUCCCACCUGUGCUGAACCUGCAGGAGCUGGAGGAGUACAGAGACAAGCUAAAGAGACAACAGGCAGCAGUGUCUAAAAAGGUUGCAGAUCUGAUUCUGGAGAAACAGCCUGCUUAUGUCAAGGAACUGGAGAGAGUGACAGCCUUACAGACCAAUCUACAGCUGGCAGCAGUCAUUUGCACUAAUGCAAGGAGGCAACUGAGUGUUGCGAAGGAGGGAUUCACAGAGGCCAGUCUGGGUCUGUUGGCCAAUCAGAGAAGACGACACCUGCUCACAGGCCUGCUGAAGUCUCUGAGGACCAUCAAGACACUGCAAAGAACAGAUGUAAGACUCAGCGAGAUGCUUGAGGAGGAAGACUAUCCAGGCGCAAUCCAGCUCUGUCUGGAAUGUCAGAAGGCUGCCAGCACCUUCAAACACUACAGCUGCAUCAGUGAAUUGAAUUCCAAACUACAAGACACUUUGGAGCAAAUCGAGGAGCAGCUUGAUGUGGCAUUGUCGAAGACUUGUAAGCACUUUGAUGUUUCGCACUACACCAAAGUCCAGCUGGCCUACACGCUUCUAGGCAAGACACAGACUGCCAUGGACCAGCUGCACAUGCACUUCACUCAGGCCAUCCACAACACAGUGUUCCAAGUAGUGCUGGGAUAUGUGGAGCUGUGUGCCGGGAAUGCUGAUACCAAGUUCCAGAAAAUGCAGUACAAGGACCUGUGCACGCAUAUCACCCUGGACAGCUACAUUCCCUGCCUGACAGAUCUUUGUAAGGCGCUGUGGGAGGUGAUGCUGAGCUACCACCGCACCAUGCAGUGGCAUGAGGAGCAUGACAAACAGGAGAGCACACCAAUUCCAGAUGACGCAGCAGCAGGGUCUGAUGAAUUGGUGGUGGACCGUAGCUAUGUGAAGAAGAAGCUGGAGCAUGGACUGACACGAAUCUGGCAGGAUGUUCAGUUGAAAAUGAAGGCUUACAUCCUGGGGACAGACAUGUCUAACUUCAAAUAUGACGAUUUCAUAGUGGUACUGGAUGUCAUCAGUAGGCUGAUGCAGGUGGGUGAGGAGUUCUGUGGCAGCAAGUCCGAGGUCCUGCAGGAGUCUAUCAAACGUCAGAGUAUCAACUACUUUAAAAACUAUCACAGGGCACGACUGGAAGAACUGAGGAUGUUUCUAGAAAAUGAAACAUGGGAACUGUGUCCAGUGAAGUCUAACUUUAACAUUGCCCAGCUCCAUGAGUUUAGGUUUAUGGGCCAGUGUCGGUCUCCGUCUGUUUCCCCAAGCAGACAGGCUGCAUCCUUGACCAGUCCGGCCGAGAAGGAGUUGUCUCUGUUCCAGGAGUACCUUCAGGAGGGUAACCCAUUUGAGAUGCACAUUGAGCACAAAGAGGAGGAGUCAGAGGAUGUGCUGGCAUCUAAUGGGUACGAGUCAGAUGAGCUGGAGAAAAGUGUGUAUCAGGACUACGACAGCGACAGUGAUGUCCCUGAGGAGCUCAAGCAAGACUACGUAGAUGAGCAGACGGGUGAUGCCCCUCUCAAGAGUGUGUCCCGAGAGACCAUAAGAAGCAAGAAGAGGUCAGACUACAGUCUUAAUAAGACCAACGCACCGAUCCUCACCAACACCACCCUCAACGUCAUCCGGCUAGUCGGAAAGUAUAUGCAGAUGAUGAACAUCCUGAAGCCAAUCGCCUUCGAUGUCAUCCACUGUGUGUCGCAGCUCUUCGACUACUACCUGUAUGCUGUUUACACCUUCUUUGGACGCAAUGACAUGCCUGUCCCAAGCCCAUCUUUGCCAACCCAUGGUGGCAGAGAGGCGGGAACUGCCAGGGUGGUGGGUCCUGCAUGCUUGUAUGAGUCAUCUGGUCUGGGCCUUAUCAGCAGCAGACUGAGAACCACACUGAACCGGAUCCAGGAGAGCCUCAUUGACAUGGAGACAGUAGGGGAGAAUGCCGGAGUCCAUGGCCCAGCAGAGGACAGGAAGGAGAAGGUGCCCAGCCCCCAUCUCAGUCAUCUGGUGGUCCUUACUAACAGUGGGACCCUGUAUGGGCUAGCCCAAAGGGUGGUGGCCACUGAGUCUCUUGUGUUUCUGGCUGAACAGUUUGAGUCCCUUCAGUCCCACCUGGACACGAUGAUGCCUGCAGCUAAGAAGCCUUUUCUGCAGCAGUUUUAUUCCCAGACAGUGUCUACAGCCAGUGAACUACGGAAACCAAUUUACUGGAUCGUGGCAGCCAAGGCCAUCGACUAUGAGCAGAUGUUGCUCUUGAUGGCUGGCGUUAAAUGGGACAUUAGGGAAAUCAUGUCCCAGCACAAUGUAUAUGUGGAUGUCCUGUUAAAGGAGUUUGAGCAGUUUAACAAUCGGCUGGGUGAUGUUUCCAGACAUGUGCGCAUCCCGCUGCCUGUGUCCAACGUGCUGUGGGAGCACUGCAUUCGUCUGGCCAAUAGAACUCUUGUAGAAGGCUAUGCUAAUGUGAAAAAAUGCAGCAAUGAGGGCCGCGCGCUGAUGCAGCUCGACUUCCAACAGUUCCUGAUAAAGCUGGAGAAGCUGACCGACCUGCGACCCAUCCCUGAUAAAGAGUUUGUUGAGGUCUACAUCAAAGCUUAUUACCUGACAGAGAACGACAUGGAGCAGUUUAUAAAAAAUCACAGGGAGUACUCCAUGAAGCAGCUAGCCAACUUAGUGAACGUUUGCCUGGGUUCACAUAUAAACAAGAAGGCUCGUCAGAAGCUUCUGGCAGCCAUCGAUGACAUUGACAGACCCAAGAGAUAGAUUGAUGCGCAGAGUAAAUGGCUGCUCCAACAGAGGAACUCUCCCACUGGAGCUGAGCUUCGAAUGUCUUCAUCUUUAUGGUAGAGUAUAAGGUGUGUUCAAUGAGCUCUACGGAUCAUACGGUAGUAGAGCUACUGUAUCCAGCAUUUUAAAGUUCUGUUAACCCACAGCCUUUAUACUGUAAGUUUAAAAACACAAACUGCCACUUGUUGAAUGCACCUCAUGACACUGAUGAAUAUUAAUACAAAUGUUUCACACUUGAGCAUGCUGCAGUUUUCUCUAUGCAUAGAUGUAUGCAUGCAUGGGUGGAUUACUGAAUGAGCCUCCCGGACACAGGCCCAGUGGGCCGAGGGAUCGGGGGGCUCCUGCGCCAUAGCCUCCGUAUGAAAUGAAUAUUUCUUGUUGGAAGGUCAGUCAACAGCAAACAGAUGCAAAAUGAGUACAAGCAAGUAAAACAGAGGCAAAAAUAACCACAAAGGAUUGAAAUUACCAAAAAAAAAAAAAAAA